CUCACGGAUAAUCAUAUAAAAUUUAAAAUAUUUAUAUUUUUGUUUACGUACCUACGGCAGACAGUGUAAAUAAUUUUAACAAAUUCGUUGUGAUUGUAAUAUUUUGUUUUAAACCAAAUAUUAAUUUUAUCAUUAUUUAUUUUUUAUCUAACGCCAUCUGAGUAAUGUUAUGUAUGUUACACACGUCGUAAAUCUUCUACAUACUAUUCAUUCAUUUAUUUUUAUUAAUUAAACUUGAAUGAAUUAUUGUUACAAACUGACACCAAGUACUCGAUGGUAAUUGUUUCCGUUAAUAUUUUCGCGAUUAUAAAAAAGCGCACAAAAUUUAUUUUAAUGUUUCGUAAAGUGUAUACUUGUAGUUUUAUUGAAAUAUUCAAGUAGAUGGAAGAACUGCCAGCGAUACUAGAUCAUCUGAAAUCUACUGUAGAAUGUUUGUCUAUGUCCACUCAAACCAAUACUUGGGAAGUAUGUGGUGGCUUAGACCGAUUACAUUCAAUUAUGAUGAAUAUUUUUAGCCAUGGAUGUUUAACAAUAAAUUCAAAUGCUGAAGAUGCUGUUUGGCAUUUUAUUCAAGGGCUCAAUUGGUUGCACCCAACAGUAGCCUCACUAUGCACAUUUUCUAGAAAUACAUAUUCUAAAAACGAACAUUUGGAUAAAUCAUCAUUAUGGAUUUAUAAAAGUCUUGAAAAUCAUUCACUAUCUGAAAAACUUGGAUUGUUAUUGUCUGACAAAGAUCAUCUGUAUAAAUGUUACAAGCCAGAAGCUUAUUUAUGUCAAAAAGAAUAUAGUGAUGCUGCAUUAUUAUGUCUAAGAGUUGUUGAAUUAAAUCAACCGUCUUUAUUACUGGAAAUCAAUCCUAAAUUAUAUUUAAAUUCUUCAUCUAAAAAUGAACAUUGUACUACUUUGCCGAAAUUGUUGUAUAAGCAAACACAUAGUAAAUAUUUCGAACAAUUGGGAUCAUUGACAAAUAAUUUGACGCAUAAGUCUUCUGAAAACACAAAUGAACAUAAUAUGAAUCCUAGACAUCAUAAUGAUUUACCUAAGCAUAAAAUUAAGCACUUGUCUAAAAGACAAUGCUAUAAAAGUUGGCCAGAUAUUUAUAAGACAUUUGAUCAUCUAAAACUCAAACGGUCAUUGAGUUUUGACACAUUGCAUACAUCUGACUACUCAUUCGAUUGUACCCACAAGGCUGCUACAAUAGGAAAUACAGCACAGGUUACGCUCCCGAAGUUAUUAGAUGUAAAUUAUGAACAGCUUCUAAACGAUAAUGAAAAUUCAAACAAACAUCAGAUAUUAAAUAGUGAUUCACCCAAACGAACUAAACGACGGUCAAAGUUAUUUACACUUCCAUUGAAAAUAUUAGAAGAAUCUGAUGACGACACUCGAAGCAAUAUAUCUGACGGGUCCAGAACUUUAAUACCUUAUGAUGAAUUUCCGCCUUCAAAGUAUGUGGGAACGUGUGGAUUAGUAUCUUCAUAUUUUCCUGAUCAAGAUUUGUUCAAGUUUUUAUCUUCUGGACAGUUUCUUCAAGCCAAUGCUGAACUUGAUCGUGAAAAUGCACAUUUCAAAAUUUCUGAAGCAAUCAUUGGCACUAUUGAACAAAUUAAAUGCAAUCAAAAAUUGAAAUUCACUGACGAAGUGAUUGAUGAGAGCGACGAAGAGAUAAAUAGGCUGAAACACAGAAUCCGUUGUCGACGUAAACAAAAAUUACAGAUCGAACAGACGCCGACCGCCGGCACAUCAUCAUCCGAUGGCUUGACCGAAUCCACGAUGAGUUCGCUGACGUCUUCUUAUUGCUCAACUACAUCUAGCAUGUCCACCACGGACGAUAUGGAUGAGUUUGAGUUGGAUGAUGACAGUAUUUGUUCGUCGUCUAUGUUCUCUGUGUGCAGUUCAUCGGCGGGCUCAUCGUCAUACUUGAAUGCAGACCGAAUGCGGUCUGCCAGCGUGUGUUCGACGGUCACAGCAGAAAGUGUUGCGCGGUCAUUAAUUCGUCAGAUCAGCCAAAAGAACAACUGGCCCGUCGACGUCAAUGUUCAGUGGCUAAUAUCAGAAAAUGAUGUCCCGCAACGGAUUUUACCUUUGCCAUCGAGCUGGCCCGUUAACCCGCAUGAAUCUACUGAUGAACGUUCGGAAGCUUCGUCUCGCUUGCGAGGUACUAGUGAUUGGGCACCGCCACGGCCGCAAAUUAUAUUCACUAGUCAUCCAUCGCCAAUUAGGAAAAACAUAAUGGAAUUACAAGGUUAUAGAUGUGCGGGUUGUAGUAUGAAAGUGGCAGUAAAAUAUGCUUCGAAGUUCCGUUAUUGCUUUUAUUUGGGUCGUUAUUUUUGCACAGGAUGUCAUGUAGAUAAAACUGCCAUCAUACCCGGUCGGAUAAUCGGAAAAUGGGAUUUUUCGAAGUAUCCGGUGUCGUGUUUCUCGUUCAAUCUGCUUGAGAAAAUGUUAUUUGAUCCGCUGUUUAACAUAACCGACUUAAAUAGCGUUUUGUACAAGCGCGCCCGAGGCCUAGACAAAGUUCGAACGUACAGAAUGCAAUUGUAUUACAUCAAAGAUUUCAUAUUCUUAUGCAGAUAUGCCGACAGAUUAAAAGAGUUAUUGGAAAUUAUGGACGCCCAUAUAAUACUUAAGCCGGACUUGUAUUCUAUUCAAAACCUGGUGGAUGUCAAAAAUGGAGAGCUCGGUAAAAAAUUACAAAACCUAAUCGCUGCCUGUAAUAAACACGUUAUGAAUUGUCAGUUAUGCCAAGCAAGAGGGUUUCUUUGUGAAAUUUGCAACAACAACAAAAUACUUUUUCCUUGGGACUUCAGAUUUGUUACGAGAUGUGUGGACUGUGGGUCAUGUUAUCAUAAAAAGUGUUACGAUUCAAGGAAAGUACCAAUGUGUCCUCGGUGUCCUAGGAUUAUGGCUAUGUUUAAAAGAACAGAAACUCAAAACGAUCAGAAUACUGUUGUAUAAUCUUGAACGGUGGUAGUAAAUUGUUUUCUACCAUAAUCAACCAAAUGUAUUUAUUAUGUAUUUUUCUGAUUCUAUAUUUUUUUUAUUGCGUACCUUAUUAGUAUUUUUAGUCCUCAUAACUAUUUGUUAUAUUGUAGAUUGUAGAACAUACAAAAACACGACAACAAUGGUAGUUAUUAUUUUUGUGUCUUUUAUUAUAUGGGUGAAUUUAAUAUAACAUUAGAAAAAAAAAUUAAAUCAGAUGACCUAUAUCAAAAUAUUAUUUUUAUACAUUUUUAAAUGUUUAAACAUAACCCAUUAAUAAUAAAUUAAACAAUUAUCAAUCUAAUUGUAUGGAUAAUAUAGAUUCAUUAAUUGGUUGGAUAAAGGAAAAAAUAUUAUAUUUUAGCACUGGAAUUUAAAGAAAGCUUUGUCUAACUUUUAAGUUUUUAUAAAAUAUUUUUAUUAUCUAACUAAGGAUUAAAUUAACAAUGUUACAUUGUGUCAUUGUGUAUUAUUAUAUGUUCUACAAACUAAUUUAUAUAAUAUGUGUAUUAGUCUUGGUUAUAAAUAAUAAAUGUUAUAAUAUUUAAUUGUCCUAUAAAUUAAUUGAUUUUUAUUUAAUUGUUUAUAUUUUUUCAAAUGUGACUACUAUAUUUUAAAUUAAAGAAAUUUAAACAUAGUAGACACUUUGAUCAAAUAAUUAUUAAGUUUUAUUUUAAAAUUUUACACAAUUAAAUAAGAUUCAGUUAAUUUUACUUUUCAUAAUGUAUUUGUCAAUAUAUUUAUAGUUUGCAACUUUAACUUGUUAAUAACAAAUUGUGAUGAUUAUUUUUUUAUAAAAAAUAUCAAAACUAUCAACUUUGUCUGGGUAUUGGGGUAAAGUGAAAACCAACUUAUAUAGAACAAAAUCAAAAAAUAUAAUAUUUAUAAAUUUAACACCAAUAUUUUUACUAAUAAAUUAAAAUCACUGAGAAAUUAUAUUAACUUAGUAUAUAUGUGUAUAUUUUACAUUUGUAUACAGACCUAUUGGUAUAUUAUAUUAAAUAUUAAUACUCUAACAUUAUGUUUUGACUGAUAUAUUUUUAUACAUAUAGUUUAAUUAUAUUUUUAUUGUACAUAUUUGUAUUUUUAAAAAUGUAACAAUAUUUUUUUACAUAAAUAUUUUUUAAUUCUCUGAAUGUGACUUUUUUAUAUUUUAAUUAAUAAAAUAUUAUUUUUUUAGGUUUUACUAAAAAAUUUUUCUAAGUCAAAAAUAUAAAUGAUUGCGACAUGAUUCAUAUUUUAAAUGCUCAUAAAAAUUGUUGUUAAACGUUUUUAAAGAUAACUAUUCAAAUACAACAAAUAAAAACUUAAUAUAAAAUGGGUCAAUUUCUAGAAACCAAAACGGCAAAUUAUAUUUAAAAAAUGUAUUUAUUAGUAUAUUUCAUAUUUGUUUAAUAAUCUUAAACAACUAAUCAAUGUUUGACAUUUUUUAUCAACUAUAGAUCUUAUUCACAAAUCUCUGAAAAAAAAUUAUUCCUUUUAAAUAUAAAAUACUCACUAUUUUUAUGUCUAAAAUAUAUUCUAUUUCCUAACAUAUUAAAUAAGAUCUAUGAUAAUUUAUUUUUAUUAUUGUAUUUAUUUUAUUUAUUUAUUUAUUUGUAUUUUAUUUUAUGUUAAUCUCACUAGUAGUAAAUAAGCGCUAAUAGGUUUAUAAAUACUGAUAAUAAAUUUAUAAGGUUAUCAUAAACAGUA